UUUUUAAGGCUUACUCAAUUUACGACAAAGCUGUUGGUUAUUGUCAAGGAAGUAUGUUUAUUGCUGGAAUGUUACUAAUGAAGGUGGGUCAGUUUAAAGAUAGAAAAAAUAACUUUGUCCCCAAAAGGCAAAAACGUUUGAAGCUUAAAUUAAAUUAAUCCGUUUAUUUACCUUGGCUAUGACAGCAAAACACCUUUCCGGAAAGUUGCUCACCUUGUUUAGAGCUUCGUUUUUUUUAUUCGAGAGCUAUCGAGUCUCGUUUUAAUCUCUACUGACAUGCAUGCAUAUUUAUUUUAAAAGUUUAACCAACAGUAAUUAUGAUAAUUACGUCAAGAAUGGGAAAGGAUUCUGAAGUCAAUUAUAGAUUUCGAUCACAAAGACGGCAAUGACAAAUGUUCUUUACUCGCUUCAGCCGGCCAUUAUUCAACAACUUUUACAUAUAUAUCUUAAGAAUUACAAGUUGUCAGUGCUUGGAGUAUAAUUUUUGAAAUUUAAUUUCGUGAAAUUAUGUACUGUUUAAUAAACGAGCAGGAGUGUUUUAUAUCUGAUAAAACACGCAGCCGAGCGUAGCCGAGCGUUUUAUAUCUGAUAAAACACUCCUACAAGUGCUUUAAAUGGCUUAAAAAACGACCAUCUUCUGAUGAGUACAUUAGCGAAGUAAUUUUUAAAAUAAACUUUGUCUAAACCGAGAAAAUCAAAGCUAAAGUUUAUGUAAAUUAACGUGAUUUUUUAUCACAUAUAAAGAUACGACACGCUUAUGAUUUUUCUUUGUGUUUUGCUCCUGAAUUAUUACUGAUGAGUUUUUUAAUGAUGGUAUAUUAGAUUUACAGCACAGGUCAUGGAAUAUGACUUAGAAUUACUGUGGUGGAGGAUUAAUGCUGUUGUUGCUUGUUUUUCUCAAUCUUUUCUACAGAUGCCUGAAGAAGAGACGUUUUGUGUGUUUGUCAAACUUAUGGAAGAAUAUGGCAUGAGAGAAUUAUAUAAACCAAAUAUGUCUGAGCUUGGAUUGUGUAUAUAUCAGUUAGAGAAUUUAGUUCAGGUUUGUGAAUAGUUGAACAUGGUCUUUUCAAGUGUUGGUUGCAGGCGCUUUUUUGAUAUACAGUACAGUGUAUGCCCAACCUUAACCCUACUUCCAUAUGGUCGUAACGGUCGUAAAGAUUGAGUCACGGUCUUUCUCAACAGCCAAAAUACAACAGUUUAGAACUGAAAAUAUAGGCAGAGUUAUUAUAAAUGAAGAAUAUACUUAUGAUUCAUAUGUGGCUUAUAGAUAAAAGCUACUACAGUAUAAUCUGGCCGUUGAGAAAUAUCGUGACUCUAUUUUUGCGACCGUUAUGGCCAUAUGGAAACCUAAUCUUGAACUGUCAGUGUAGGGAGUGCCAAUCGGUAGGGGUGCGGCACUACCUCAAAAAAUACAUAUAGGAUAUUAGACGGUUGCGAAGAGAUAUGGAUUUUAUGUUCGAGUGGCAAAAACAAUAUCUCACGAGUGAGCGCAGCGAACGAGUGAGAUAUUGUUUUUGACACGAGAACAUAAAUCCAUAUCUUCUCGCAACCGUUUAAUGUUCUGUCUAUUAUAUGGACUUAAGGCGGUUUUCCAGUCCUCGCACGAAGCUUCUCGCAGCUCGCUGCGAGUGCUUGCAUCUAAUUAAAAUGAACUGUUUAGCAUUGUGAUUGGAUGAAAGUGCUCAUGCAUCACUCGCAGCGAGCGCUGCGAGGAGCUUCGUGCGAGGACUGGAAAUCCGCCUUUAUUCAGAGUGACAAAAAUACACACAAAGACGACAUGUAAAUAAGCUCGUCAAAGACCUGCAGUAAUGCAGUAUAAAAGCGAUAUUUUUUAUAAUUGUAGUGCAAACAUAAAACUAGAAUAAAUUUUACUUAUCUCAAGAUGUCUUUUAAAUGUUUUCGUUUUAUUUCCAACGUUAAUUUCGUUUUAUAUACGAACCAAAGACCAUUUGUAUUUUCAAAACAACAACAAUGAAAAUGGCGGGAAAUUUUCGAACUUCGUAUGUCACUAGCAAGCAAGGGUGAAAUAUGGAAAAUACGCGCAUCUGGUCCCGGAUGUAGUGACGUAUGAGUUCUAGGAGUGUUUUAGUUUCCAGUAAAACACCAUUGUCCAUAUAAUAAAAAGCGAAAUUCGACGUUUUGAGCGGAGCGCCCUUCGUUGGGAAGUUGGUAGCGGAGCAUAUGGAAACCUGCAUGCCUUUACCCUAAACCUAGCUUUAUAACGUUGUAUAAUUAAUUUUUAUUUAUAAUAUAGCAUUUGUAAAUUCUGAACGCUGAUUGGCUAAGAGCCGUGUUGAUAUAACUCAAUGUCAACACGGGAAAUUUUCCGCCGCUUGUAAACACGGAAAUUUUGCUUAUCCUUCGGGCUUUUGACAUUGCUAUAUUAUAAAAAAAAUAUAAAACAUUUUUUCCGUAUUGAUAUAUAGUUAUAUCAACACUCGUGGAAGUUGGGAAAACUCGAAAUUGUAUGAAAACACUCCGCCCUUCGGGCGUCGUGUUUCCAUACAAUUUCUCGUUUUCCCAAUUCCACUCGUGUUGAUAUAACUGUAUAUCAACACGGAAAAUGUUUUAUAUUUGUUAAAUAAUACAUUUCGGUUGCGCAUGCAGUACUAUAUAUCGAGAAAGUGCCCACCAAACAGCGCCUUUAUCUGAAAUACCGGGUGGUGAAAAAAUGUUCCCCCUCUUUGACUUAAAAGUUCAUUGAACGCUGCAGUAAUGUCUAACUUAAAUUUUGGUAUAUGCCUUAAACAUUUCUAUACCGAGAUAUAGGCGUUUAAACUUAAGGUAGCAUUUUUGGAAGAAGCGAAAAAUGGCCAUUUUAUUACCGUAAUCGGAAAUUAAUAGACAUUUUUCGCUUCUUCCAAAAACACUACCUUGACUGUAAACGCCUAUAUCUCAGCUAAUAUUUUAUAGAAAUGUGCAAGGCAUUACAUCAAAAUAUAAGUUAGACAUAACUACGUUCAAUAAAUUUUAUUUGUAUAAGAUAGUUUUUUCAGUUUUUUAAUUGCAUUGAAUCAAAGAGGGGUAACAUUUUUUGCGCCACCCGGUAUAUUUACGAUGCCGAGGAUCGCUAGUGCGUAAAUUGACCGCACGUUCAAGAGUUAACGCGUUCUUUAUGCGUUCCUUGCGCGUUUUAUUGAUUAUUUCUAGGCAGCACUGUAAUUAAUAUUGUUGUUCUGUUGCUUUGUAAAUGUAGGAAUUAUUGCCAGAAUUACAUGGACACUUCAAAGCUCAGGUUCGUUUACAUUUGUAUACUAUACUUGUUGUUGUUCUAAUUCUGGAUUGGACACCGGAUUGUACAUAUAUGAUAUCUUUUGUUCAUGUUUUAGGGUUUCCAUACGGCAAUGUACGCCUCGUCGUGGUUUUUAACGCUGUUUUCGUCCGUUUUUCCUCUGAACGUCGCGUUUAGGAUCAUGGACAUGUUUAUUUGUGAUGUAAGUAUUCUUCUUCAUGAUCAUACGAGACUCCAAAAUUAUGGGUAAUUAUAUCAGGAUUUUGGGCAUCGCACUCAACACUGAGAACCAACUGUUUGAUUCUGCCAUACAGUAGUUGCAUUUUUCGUAACUGCUACUGGUUUAGGUGUAAUAAAUCAAAUUUACAGCGUCGAAAUUUCCAUCUCAAACCUCUCAACAAUUAAUGCCCCAAAUCCUGAUAUUUACGUACUGUACAGUAUCUUUUCGUUUGUGUUUGUGUGUGUGUGUGUGUGUGUUUGUUUGUCUGUGAGCAUAACUUAAAAAAUAUCCAAACGUAUAAAUAUGGCAAUAAUAUACAUGAAAACAUUUCUCAAUUCUGAUUGGCUAAGAGCACUGCAAUUUUGUCGAAUCAGAAUUGAGAAAUUUUUUCAUGUAUAUAUUAUUGCCAUAUUUAUAUACGUUUGGAUAUUUUUAAGUUACUGUAUGCUCACAGACAAACAAACAAACACACAAACACAAUCGCGAAUGAAAAGAUACUUUUCAUUCGCGUUUGUGUUUGUAUUCGCGUUUGUGUUUGUGUUUGUUUGUUUGUCUGUGAGCAUAACUUAAAAAAAAUUUCAAACGUAUAAAUAUGGCAAUAAUAUACGUGAAAAAAUUUCUCAAUUCUGAUUGGCUAAGAGCACUGCAAUUUUGUCGAAAUAUAGUGCCAAAAAAUGAAAUACAGUGCAAAUUUCAUUGACUAUAAUAUUAGACACAGCCAUUUCUAGCAUGCAGAAGGUACAUGUAAUACAAAAAACCCAAACAUUUACAAGCGACAAAAAUGGCUGGCGUUUUUAGCAGAUUUUCUAUUAAAAUUAUUUAUAUUAAAAUUAACUAUUUCGCACUUGACCUACGCACACGCAUGUGACCGCAUAAUUUUUCCAUGUAUAUUAUUCAUAAGUAAUAGUAUGGUUUCUCGUGCAAUUUGGAAAAACGUACACUCGUGAGUUUUUCAAAGACUUCAUAUUGCACUCGUCCUUCCACAGGCGGCCCAAUCUCGCAAGGGUCAGUAUAGACAUAGUAUAAAUGUAUAUUAUAUUAAUGUAUAUUAUAGUAAAAAUAUGUCGUAAAAUAUAAAUUUUAAAAUGAAAUUGACAUGCCUAUUUGAUAGUGUGUGUUCUCCUUUUAUUCCUCCUUUGUUGGACUAAUAUUUUCCGAGACUUUGUACUCGAGGUUACUAGUAUACAUGAAACAUGAUAAAGGCUAACGAUUUCCGAUCGUCGAUACGACGGCACGGCACUUCGAAUCGAAAAUUUUCACACUCAAAUCGCUUUAUUCUCCAAAAAAAUUCGACAGCAUGUACAACAAAUGCCGUUCUUCGAAAAUACGGAGGUACUUCACGAGAUGUACAAGUUUUGGACCAUAUUUUAACAAUGGAAAUCAAAACCCAUUUUAUAUUGAACUUGCCCAGACCGAAAAUUACUACGGCGAACGUCUGCGCAACCAGGCCUCCUUUACCGUUGGAUUUACAGGGGGGAGGAUGCCACUAAUAUAUUCACGAUAAUAUUUCGAAUUAAAGUAUCGAUUAAUAUUUCAAAUUAAAGUUUUUAUUUUGAAUAUCAAAUUUCAAAUAAUGUAAACAGUCGCUAUCGCGGCCGCGAUUGGCUGGCUGUUACCGGAAAUAUCUGCUUCCCCUCCCUGUAAAUCCAACGAUAAAGGAUGCCUGGUUGCGCAGACGUUCGCCGUAGUAAUUUUCGGUCUGGGCAAGUUCAAUAUAAAAUGGGUUUUGAUUUCCAUUGUUAAAAUAUGGUCCAAAACUUGCAUGUACAACUCGCCGAAGUACCUCCGUAUUUUCGAAGAACGGCAUUUGUUGUACAUGCUGGCGAAUUUUUUUGGAGAAUAAAGCGAUUUGAGUGUGAAAAUUUUCGAUUCGAAGUGCCGUGCCGUCGUAUCGACGAUCGGAAAUCGUUAGCCUUUAUCAUGUUUCAUGUAUACUAGUAACCUCGAGUGCAAAGUCUCGGAAAAUAUUAGUCCAACAAAGGAGGAAUAAAAGGAGAACACACACUAUCAAAUAGGCAAGUCAAUUUCAUUUUAAAAUUUAUAUUUUGCGACAUAUUUUUACUAUAAUAUGCAUUAAUAUAAUAUAAUAUAAUAUAAUAUACGUUUAUACUAUAACAGUAUAACUCUAUACUGACCCUUGCGAGAUUGGGUCGCCUGUGGUCCUUCGCACUCGUGCAAAUUGCACUCGAAACCAUACGAAUUUGUGGGAAUGAUUGACAUUGCCCUAGGACAAAUUGAUUAAGGUUACAGAACACCUUUGAGUGUUAAUUUUGCCUAAAUUUUUUUAUUGGUUUUAGUGAAAGCAUUAGACUAGUUCUACUAUCUGACCAAGUUUGAACGAAAAAUGUUGAAAACUCGCAGAGUUAUUUAAUAAAAUACAUUUCGCUACAAUAAGAAAAACAUUGAAAAUGUAAUGUUCAAAUUCAAUUUUCUCCCGGAAAAUUUUACGGUAAUUACUGAUUUUCAAACGAGUUGUGCUCCUGCGGGUUUUAUCUAAUUUUUCUCAAAUUUUCACAGGACAUAGCUAAAUACGUCAGUUUCAAAAUUGUGUUCGGCUUCUUCUUAAUUUUGGAUAUUUUAAAAAUAAAGAGCAAUUCACUCAAACGAUUCAAAAAUAUAUUUCAGUCGUCAAAGAAAUCGCCAUAUCAGCGGAAUGACGAAAUAAACAAAAAUUUCCGAACACGUUUUUUUAGAACAACUAUUUCACUGUAUAAAAAUGAUAUUUUCAUAAAUAUAACUUAAAACCACCAGGAGCACAACUCAAAAGCGUAACGGUACCGCGAUUUAAGAUUUCCUGAAUAAUGCUCACAUUAUUUUAUUGUUUGUUAAUUUUACAACUUUACCAUAUUUUGCAUGCACUGGAGAACAUUUGGUGAAAAUCUGAUGAAAAUCGGACUGAUAUUGAGCGCGCAGUAGCGAUUUUCCGCAAAACGCCAAAAAGGGUGUCCUGUAACCUUAAAUUUUGCUUAAAUUUGGAUGAAAAUUGGAUGAGAAAUUAGCAAAAGUUUGUCUUAGGUCCGUUUGUCCCAGGCAUGCAGAAUAAACUGAAUGCGUAUACUAGCGCAUUGUUCCAUUUAUGCAUGAUACAUAAACUUAGGAUAAAUAUUAAUGCCCAGCAUAAACCACGUAAAAGAGCCAUAACAAAAAUAUAAUUUAAAAUUAUAUUUUUGUUAUGGCUCUUUUACGUGUUUUAUGCUGGGCAUUAAUAUUUAUCCUAAGAUUACGAUUUCCGCCUGGUUCAUCUAUCGCAAAUACAUAAACUUAAUUCACUUGAUAUUUGCUGUGUUGGUGUAAUGUACUCAGGUGAAUAAGAUGCUUGUGAUGUACUAGUGUAUGUACACUCAGAGUAACAUCACAAGCAUCUUGUUCACCUGAGACCUGAGUUCAUUACACCAACACAGCAAAUAUCAUGAUUAUUAGAUUACACUGAUAUCGAAGGAACUAGACUCAGUUCCGAAAUAUCACAUGCUCGAACCGACCUGACCGCGUAGCUCAGUUGGCAGAGCAUUGGGCUGGUAUUCCAAAGGUCGUAGGUUCGAUUCCCACCGUGGCCAGGCAUAUUGUUCAAGCCUGCCCGGUGUGGAUAUACACUCAGGAGUAACAUCACAAGCAUUUUAAUUAACUUAUUCUUCUGCGUAAUAUAGUCUGUGAGUGCCCUCUAGUUUACCACUGUUUUGUUUUAUAGGGUCGUGAAAUAUUGUUCAAAUUGUCACUCGCAAUUUUGACGCUAAGUAUCAAUGAACUUUUGAAGUCCGAUAUGGAAGAAAUGCUACAGGUAUACUACUUUAUUGACACUAUAGAACUGAUAGAUGUAUUCAGUAUAAAUAUACGUCUAGCUAGUGCAGUACAUUUUAGUUGUUCUUAUAUUUCUUAGGCCUAAAAAUUGUUUGCUUGCUGUUUCCCAACCGACCCUACCUCAUGACAUCCAACCCUAUUUUUCUAUAACAUUUUUUCAGGCAAAAAUCAGAAAAUCAUUUUCAGACGCCAGUAUUCAUCGAAAUUUUUGUGUGUUUUGCCACACACAAGGACCAAAUGUUAUAACUUAAAAAAAGUUCUAUUGAAUAUAUAAGAAUAAUUGCCUAAUCAAACAUUUUUUAUGCUUUAUCUAACUCUCGUUUCUUUUAAUCAGCACUUUCAAAAAACCAUGCUAGAUAAGUACUCGGGUGAUUUUGAAGUGGUCGUUGAAGAAGCUGACAGAAUUAAAAUAAGCAUGAAGAAAAUGAAAAGGUGGGUUAUUGUCAGUGGCCCAGCCAGGGUCUGAACUUUGGGGAGGGGGGGAGGGCAAAAUAUUUAUAGCAUUUGAAAUGCAAGCGGCAAAGGCGCGAGGUAUCUAGGGGGAUCUGGGGGAAUUUGGAAAUGGUCCUUUUGCCAAUGGACUAUUUGCAUUAUAGACUAAAUUUUGAUGUAGACAAAAAUUUCAUCACAGUUUGAAAUUAAAGAGCAUCACAAAAUUAGUAAUAUUCCAAAGUGUCGUUGCGAAAUGUUGUAAAAUGCGGAUAAUAUAGCCUUGCGAAAUUUGCAAUUUUCAGUCAUUUUGUAUUACAAACGGGAAAUUGAUGCCCCAACACCCGAUUGGGCUGUCAAUUUCCCGUGCGUAAUACAAAAUGACUGAAAAACGGCAAACUUCGCAGGGCUAUAUUUGCAUUUUACAACAUUUCGCAACGAAACUUUGGUAUAUUACUCAUUUUGUGAUGCUCUUUCAAGCUGUGAUGAAAUUUUUGUCUACAUCAAAAUUAGUCUAUAAUGCAAAUGGUCCAUUGGGGGCAGCGCCACUGGUUAUUGUAACACUGUCCAAGAUGGUUUAAGUUGAUGAAGGGUCUUGUAGAUGAAAAUUACCGAGUGGAAAUUCAUAUAUUUAUCACACCUAACCAGGAACAGAAGCGAAUCUGUAUCUACAUUGAUCCCUGGCAGGAAUCAAACAUGUGGCCCUGCGAUUCCAGUGCAGCGCUCUAACCAACUGAGUUACAGAAUCCAGUUGUCGAACUCUAACCACAAGUUCUUCGAUUCCUACCAGAGGACCUAUAGUUGCAGUUUUCGUAGUUGCUCCUGGUUAGGCAAAAAAUGUUUAUUUAACCAUUCGAAAUUUUCAUCUACAAAAAACUACUUAAGGUAAUUCCGCAGUAAUUGUUCCCGAAAUGAGAAUGUGCUGAAACUUCCCAGGCAUGGAGUUUAUGAUAUGCUUAAAGUAAAAUCACACAAAAAAAGUCGGGGUCACCGAACUCGUUAAGAAGAUAUGACAAUCACAAUAUACCACCUUUACCUCAAUAUGGCGCCAUCUUGGCGCUCAUUACGAGUAACAGCAAAAUCACAACAGCCCGAUAUUUAUUGACGUUUUUAGCGAGGAUUUUUCUUUAGUAAACCUAUCUUGUAAUUAUUUUUGAAAAAAUAUUGCGUUUUGAGCAAAAUGAAACUACUAACGUGUACAAUUCUGAUCCACAAAUGUCUUUUCCACAUUUCUUUACUUAUCUUUCUUUGAGAACAUGCAUUGAUAAAUGAUUUUUUUUCAAGAUCCAGAAAUGAUUUUUCUUUUAAUUUCGGAUAUGAAAUGUAAAAUGCAUUAAAGAAAUAAAUUAUCAGUUAAAAAACAGGGAUCACCGAUCUUUUUAGGGAAUUGUGGCAUUAAAACGUGAAAUACAAGUAAAUAAAUAUACUACAGACACAGGGAACCCUAGCUACAUUUUUGUAUGCCUUUUUUGAAAACAUAGAUUUUAGCGUAAUUCUUUGCACGAAUGUAACCAAAUAUGUUUUGAAGUAACAUAAAAUUGUCAUAAUUUUUUUUUUUUAAACGGUUCGUAUAAUGGAUGAAAUUAUAAGUUAUAAGAUGUGCGCAGUGCAAAACUGCGGAAUUACCUUAAGUUCUUUGUAUGUUUGCAUGGCGAUAAAAUAUAUAAUAUAGUUUUGUUUGUGGAAACACCACGUAAAUUUACGUGGUGUUUCCACAAACAAAACUAUUAUAAAAAACUACUUAUUUCACCUGCCAAAAAUUUUUAGACUGGCAGACUGGCAGGCCAUAUUUUUUCUCUACUUCGAGCCUUGUCCGUGCCAGAUGGCAGGAUGUCAUUUCCCUGAUGUUUUUUCCAUUGACAUGGUCGUGUAGCCUUUAAUUUAAUUAAUAGUUCCAGACUUUAAUAAAUGUUUUUCUUCUCCACAAGAUUCGAGAGAGAUUACACUCGUACGAAGUCAAAGGAAGUCGAAGACAGUCAAGAAAUACGAAGACUAAAAACAGAGAAAAUGGUUUUAAGACAUCGUGUUGAUGCCUUGGAAGAUGUAAGAAAAAUAGAAAAUUAUUAAAACUCAUGUUCACUUCUAUUCAAGGUGGCAACAGUGUAGUUUCUUUACUAUGGCUCAGCACAAACUCGGGAAGGUACCUAUGUACAGCUGUACCCAUGUUUCCCAGAGCUUUGCAAGCACGGUAAUAUUUGCUGGAAAUAUUACCAAUAAGUAUAUAUUUGGUCAAUUACAACAACAGAGCCUGAUUGUGGCAUACCCUUUCAUACAGUUUGUCACAGGGUGCGAUAAUUCGCGUACGGCCAAAGGGAAUAUUUUCUUUAAAUAGCAAUUUACAAGCUUUGUAAUAUUUCCUGAAUACUUCGAAUUGUUGUCAUCUGCUGUUUACUUUACUUAUGGUAUAUGUUUUCAUACUUUUUCCCGUCGAAAACACGUUGAAUAUGGCUGAAUUAAAGUAUCGACAGACACGUGUGGAUCGAAAAGUAAAAAGGUUCAAUGAAUAGAACACCACAAUUCCACAACAACAAAAAGUUGCGGCCAUGCCCAAAAUCAUGUGAUCACGCCCACAAAAAUGUGUGGCCACGCCCACAAAAUUAUUUUGGGCGGCCACUUUUGAAAUCCUGGCUAACACCCUGAUUUGCGUACUGACGUUUUGCUGGUGCCAUAUGACUUUCCAAACCCAAGGUAUUCAAAACCGUAUUUAAGUCGGUACAUGUCUGACAUGUCUUGGCAUGAAACAUGAUUCCACUAAGGAAUGUUAGAGUCGAAUGUAAUGGUGCUAUAUGUAAUUGUGCUACUUGCUAUAACUUUUCAGGUUACUGAAUGAAUACCUUUCAGAAAUCUGUGCUUUAUGUACUUCAUUUUAAAACUAAGUGCACCUUCAGUCUUUUUUAACCAGCUCAAGUACGAGGCAAUAGUCAUUGGAGUACUACUAAAAAUCUCGAAUUAUCGCACCUGAUUUGAAGGUUCAAAAAUAAGACAACAACUUCUUUUCUCUUUUAAGGAAUGUGAAGCAUUGGCCGACAAAUUGGUCCAGGUAAGGCACAGUUAGGCCUGGUGCAGACGGCAGACUUAAGGUGGCUCCCUAAGUUGUAGAGAAACAGCAUUGAAAAAUAGCUAUAGGGCCUUCACAAUGAGCGAAAUAUUUGCUAUUUAUAUGAAAUGGGGAUUUUUUUGAAGUAUAGAAGCGCUUGCGUAAUCUUUAUGCUUCAAGCAUAAUCGUUCGAAAGAAGCAAAUUGUGUGUUGCUAUGGUAACAAUGUGGCGUAAGCGACAGCAGACAAAGAUCAAAUUUUGGACUAAAAAUGAAUUUAUUAAAAUUUCCUUCGGUCAAAGUUUCUGAGUGUAAAGGGAAUAUCUAGUGGAAGAUUAUAUCAAAAAAAUUAGGAGGGUGGGUUUUAAAUUCAGUGUUUGACAGGGUUCGUAGCGGUCUUUGAAAUCGUUGAAAGUCUUUAAAUUUGAAUUCAGGUCUUUGAAAAGUCUUUGAAUUGUGUGAAAAAGCGAAGAAAGUCUUUAAAAGUCUUUGAAUUCUUUAGUGAGUAUUUGAUUAUAUGAUUUCCUAGCUGAUAAAAUCGAUUGAUUGAAGCCAGAUUUUCGCAAAUAUCGACGAAAAGGUGCAUUUUAGCAUGUGAUUUGACGUCCUAAUUACUGGGUAAAAAUGUUGCUUACAUUCGUAAUUUUUCGAUAGCUGAUUGCUCUCAAAGAUCUUUGAAAAGUCUUUGAAAAUAGGCAGCACAAAUCUUUGAAAGUCUUUGAAUUUUUUUUGGUCUUGGAGACUACGAACCCUGUUUGAGAUAUUACGAGAAAUUUGUUCCACAGAAACUGGUUUAUAGAAUAUUUUAAAAAUUGAGUAUAUAUUACAAUAAAUGAUUAGUACUUUUAAAAUACAAAAUUUCAGAAAAUUUCACCCAAAGGAAAAAGUUAUUAGCAUAUAUCACAAACCUUGCGCGGUCAAAUGAAAUUUUGCUGACGUGAUAAAAUUUCAACAUUACGUUACCAUUCUCAUUUAUCAUGUCUCUAAGAAAUGGGUAUGCUUUGCACGCUUAGAGUGAAAUCCUGAAUGAGAGGUGGAAAGUAUCGGAACCUGCAUGGGACCUACAGUGGUUCCCAGAAAUUUUUUGGGGUCUACAUUUUUGCUGAAAUUUUCAGACAUUGUUUUGAUAGCCAAUUCUGAAAAUUACAACAAUCUUACAGUACUUGUAAAUUAUUUACAUGUCAAGUACUGUAAGAUUGUAAAUACUAUGACUACUUCAGGAGUUAUCUUGUACAGUAUGCCUUAUCGAAGACAUAUUGCUUGAUGUAUGGUAAAACAACAGUUCCCUAUAAUAUUAUACUGUAAUCUUUUGCAGAAAAUGUUGAGCCCUAAAGGCCGUGUUACACGGUGCAAUUUUUCAUGCAACUUGUCUCGCAAUGGCGUUCCGAGACAAGUUGCACGAGUCAUUGCACCGUUUAACAUGCCUUGUAAUGGUCAAAAUCUUUGCGAGACAAGUUGCAUGAAGCAUUGCACAGAGUAGAAGUCGGUUCUACUUUUGGCAACGAUUGCACUAAUUAUUUUUAGCAUUGCAGCGUGUGCCAUGGCUUCGUGCAACUUGUCUCGCAAUGUUUAUAGCUUGGAGAGUUCCUAUUGGCUCUCCCCAGUAUACGCUUUAAUUAAAAUUUGGCGCCAAAUAGCGCCUCUCCCUAGUCUCUUCGCAUGCCUCUGUCCCCUAUCGUUGCGAGUUGCAUGAAAAUCAUUGCAGCGUGUAACACAUCUUGCAAUGCAUUAUCAAAAUCUUUUUUAAACAUUGCGAGACAAGUUGCAUGAAAAAUUGCACCGUGUAACAGGGCCUUAAACUGAGUUAAACCCAGGUUCUGUAGAAAGAAAAAGACAUUUUCCACCUUCGCCCUGAAUUAUGUCUUAUGUCGUUACGAGCAUCUUUUUUCAUUAUAUUACAACGUACCAUGUUUUUCUUUCAGGAUCAAGUAACAAGAGCCCACGAGCAAGAGGAAAUGUACACGAUUAAACAGGAAUUAUCAAUUCUAAAUAAUCGUUAUGAAAAGAUGAAAAUCGAAUUAGAACGAUCCAUGGAAAGAGAAAACGAGUUACUUAAAUACAAGG